AUGAUAGCUAAACAUUUAUCUAAUAAUAGUUUUCAGCAUGAUCCAGUCUAUGAUAUACACAGCAGAGGAUAUAUUGAUGAUCUUGUACAAGUACUAAUUCUGUACGAACUUUUUAAAAAUGUAGAGGACGCAAUAUCAGCAACUAAAGUAUUAGCUAAAAUAGUUCUAUCUACUAAUGUCAGUAUAGGUUCGAUCAGAAAAUAUCCAAAUUAUAUUGAUAUUCUAAAUGAAUUUUACAAUCUAGUAGAGGCAUUUUAUUAUUUGAUUCUAAGAGAAAGAGAAGGGUUAGAUGGAAAAUACCCUCUCCUGUAG